AGCGUCCUGAACUUUGUUCCCUAGAUAGUAAUUAAUUUUAUCUAUUUGACAACAGAAUGUGUCUUGAUGUGCACCUUGAACUGGGCAUGCCCAUUUUGACUAAACAGUAGUUUUACUACACUGCCACCAGCGCUGACUGGAACUACCAGGUUAUUUUAAACUGCUAUGUUAUAGGUACAAGCGGAUUGAGGAAAGAAUGCAGGCAGAAUGUGACAGACUGGAGAAGAUGGAUGUUUCUGAAUUUGCUGUGGACAGUAACAAGGAAACAGACCAUACACCACAGUGGGUCCCCAGUGGCCGCAGGCUCAUCUCUGGGCUGAUAGGGCUGAACGUAGUGCUGCUUGGUGCUGCCUUUGUGGUUGGAGAUGCAUUUAACCGUAUAGGGCUCCAGCACCAGGAGUCUGAACUGUUUCUGCUGGUUCUGAUGGGGAUCAGUUUGCUGUGGAUGCUGUGGUACCUGCUGUCAGGUCGUAGGCUGCCUGGCUCUCCACCUCACACCGACCACCACGCAGGAAGUGCCACUGUCAUGGUGGUGCUGAUGUUAUUUUCAGGAUCCAGUCUGCUGCUAUGCUUGUUCCGCAUGGGCUACUAUCUGCUGAUGAGAGAGUGCAAGCCAGUUGUAAAAAUCCUCUCACCCUUCUUUCAGGCUCCCUUCUUCACACUGCAGACCUAUUUGUUGUGGGCUCACUCCAAAGACUGCAUUCACAAACACAAAGUCCUCACCAGGUUUGGGUUGAUGGUCACUCUGUGUGCAGAUGUACUGCUGUGGUUCUGUGCAGUGACAGAUGAUUCUGUCCACACAGAGAUUGACCUAGAAAAGCAGGACAAAGAGGCCUUUAACAACACUUUCUCCUUGUUGGCACCACAAGAGGCCAAAACUGGUGAGGAGAAUGGCACUCUUUGCCAGUGCAGUUCCAAUGCAGUGUGUGUGACCUUGCGGAAGGGCUAUGAGAUCCUGUACCCCUUCAACAUGGAGUAUAGUUUGCUGGCCAGUUGCAUGCUCUAUGUCAUGUGGAAGAAUGUGGGACGGCACAUGAGCAGCAUCCACACUGAGGCUGCCCAGAAGAGGUCACCCUUUUCAGUAUUGUGUGGACGAGUUCUGCUUGGCCCCCUGUUGGGUUUACUGGUGCUGUUGACUGGGGUGAUUGUGUUUGUGCUUUAUCACAUGUGGGUGGUGCAGAAUGCAAAACGUCUUGCAGCGCUCAUGGUUUUUUAUUUCUUUCACCUGGGCCUGAUGCCCAUCAUGGCUCUAUGCUCAUUGGCAGGCACAAUGGUGCAGAAGAUGAACGUGAGGGAACAGGAUGGACAUCAGAGGAAGCAAAACCCAGGAAGGAUGAUAAAAUUGCAGGGAAGUAAAAACCCAACAAAGAGCUUGGACGUGGCACUGUUGUUGGGAACUGCAGUGGGACAGCUGUCCCUCUCUUACCUCUCCCUUGUGGCUGCCCUGGCCUUAGGCUCCAGCGAUAUUGUGAGUAACCUGGACCUGUCCUAUUCACUGCUCAGCAUGGUGGAACUUGUGCUACAGAAUGUCUUCAUCAUCAGAGGACUGCAUCUUCACAAUCAUGCUCCACACUCCAGCCUAAAAGCAAAUGAAAAGGAGAAGAGUGCCUUCUCAAAGACAGGGGAAGAGAUGGAUGCAGCAAGGGGUGAUGAUUUACCAGAAAAGAAGAAUGCAUCAGUUACACCUGCAGGCAAUGGAGGAUGUGAUACUGAUCAUUGGAACAGAAGAGUGAUUCAGGAGAUAUGUGCUUUCCUCGUACUGGGCAACAUCACACUGUGGGUGAUCCCAGCGUUCGGUGCCCAUGCACAGCUCGAGAGUGGAUUGGGGAAACAGUACUUUGGAUUCUCUGUGUGGUUUGUGCUGGUCAACCUGAGCCAACCGCUGACUGUUUUCUACAGGAUGCACUCUGUAGAAGCUCUAAUAGAGCUGCUCAUAUCUGCAUAAACACAUACACCAGCUAUGCACAGCUAUGUUAAAUUCUCACUAUACCACUUGUUCAAAAUUCUCAAUUCACACACACAAUCACUUACACACUCAAACAGAUGUUGUAUUUAUUUUACAUUAGGUUUGGUAGUACAUUUCUGAACUUUCUUUAACUGUACUUUUCAUAUUUGUAACAUCUGAGUUAUAAAUAAAAGAUUUGCUUUGAAGGGUGCAAAUAAAAUAGAAGUCAACAAAAACCAGUGAUAAAACAUUUAAAAGGGUAAAUUAUUUUUAAGGUGAUGUUCCAAGCUUUCCCUUCGUUCCAGGCGUAUUACAGAGUUCUAAUGCAACCCCAAAAAGUUAAGCUGUUCAGCUGAUUUAUGAAUUCUAGGUGUCAGUGUAAAUUAUUCACAUUAAAAGUUACAGUUUAACUUAUUAACUCUGUAUCACCUUAGACGAUAUGAACAUUAUAUAUUAAAUAUAAGCCUAGUUUCAGUCUGACCAUUCUGUAUUAUUGGCUUCUGUCCAGAUGUUUCCUGAAUUUUUUAAAAACGAAACUGAAAUUUAACACUAUGAAAGCAACAUAGUGCCAUUGUCUCUGAUCAUGUAAUAAAAUUUUCAAAUGAUAUCACUUA